AUGACCAUACUAUUUCACGAGGAAAUGUUCAGUCCAGCAUCCAAAGUGCUAUCAAUACAAUCGCAUGUGGUCCACGGGUAUGUAGGGAACAAAGCUGCUACUUUCCCUCUGCAGACACUGGGCUGGGAUGUUGAUGUGCUGAAUUCUGUGAAUUACUCCAACCACACAGGUUAUGGCUCAGUCACGGGCACCAUGGCCUCGGGAAGUGAGCUCCAGGACAUUUAUGAAGGACUCAAAAAAAUAGACCAGCGGUACGAGGCAAUACUCACAGGGUACAUUCAUGGAGCAGACACCGUCAAAUCCGUGGGAAAGAUCUGUAACGACAUCAAGAAGAAAUCGCCAGAAGUUAUGUGGCUCUUGGACCCGGUAAUGGGAGAUGAAGGUCUGCUUUAUGUCAGUGAAGAGGUGAUACCCGUUUACAGAGAGAUCCUGUCCAGUGGGAAUGUCGAUAUAAUAACUCCAAACCAGUUCGAGGCUGAGAUGUUGGUGGAGUUUGCCAUAGUGGACAAGCAAAGUCUGAAGCUUGCACUAUCCACAUUGCACAACAAAUUCAAAGUGAAACAUGUGGUGAUAUCAUCAUUGUCACUGUCUGCAAAGGAACUAGAAGUUGAGUGUCACAAUGAUGAGUCCCUGUUUGCAGUCGUCUCUUCAUUCAUAGAAGGACUUGACGAUUGCGUAAAGCCUCCAGUGGUUCUUGAGAUCAAAAAGCUGGAAUCGUAUUUUACUGGCGUGGGUGACCUUUUCUCGGCAUUGCUGCUCGACAGGGUAUUCAAGUACUCCAAGGAAAUUGCUGACGAAACCAGUCUCCACAGUCGCGAAUUGUUGGUGAAAUCUACCAAUGAAGUGAUGUCAGUAAUGUCUAAAGUCUUGGAAGUGACCGCUAAUCUGGCAGUCAAAAGUCUGGGCAAACCCGUAACUGGCAAGAUCGGUUCCACAGAAACCAUGAAGGAAUGCGAACUCAGAAUCGUAGAGUGCCGCGGCCUUUACUCAAAACAUCAUCAGAAGUACAUUCCUUUCGAGUUAAGUUAG